GAGCUUCGAAUUCCUAGAUACUCAAUGCCAUUAGACUUUCCACGAUAAAUUGAACAUCGCAGUCUAUCUGCUGAUUGAGGUGUACUGUUAUCUUCGGCAUCUUAAACGUUGUGCUUUGAUAGAGCCGUUAUCGUUGGAAGUGGGGUUCAUGCUUGUCUGCGGGGAUACAUAGAUUCACACGGAUUGCCGUACGGAGUAAAGAUAUCCACGCCAAAGAUAUCCAAGCCAAAGGUAUAUCAAGCUUUGGAUUCCUCAUUUGCAUGUCAGAAAGUACUUUGGUCUGAGCCAUAACUAUCGUACAUCAGCUCAGCUCAGGAUUCAUCAGUCCACAGAAGAAGUCUUCGAUCAUGGCAAUGUCACGUGUGAGGGAGUACAUCUCCCAUCCCUACGAACAUCCAGGAGAGAGAAAGCUGGUGCAGAAACUAGAUUUCUUCAUUUUGACAUUUUGCUGUUUAUCUUAUUUCACGAAUUAUUUAGAUCGAUCCAAUUUGGCAAAUGCUUAUGUCAGUGGAAUGAAGGAGGAGUUGGGGUUCGUUGGAAAUCAAUAUAAUCUCAUUAAUACCGUUUUUACUGUUGGAUACAUUAUUGGACAAAUCCCUAGCAAUCUGGCACUCUACUACAUCAAACCCCGCAUUUUCUUCCCAUCAAUGAUGGUUCUAUGGGGCUGUCUCACUAUGAUCACUGCAUCUGUUCAUCACCCCCGAGAUAUAAUGGCUAUUCGUUUCUUCCAAGGUCUUGCCGAGAGUAGCACAUUCGUCGGCACCCAUUACAUUCUCGGAUCAUGGUACACUCCUCGAGAGCUUGGAAAGCGCAGUGGCAUCUUCACUUCUUCGGGCCUUGCUGGUACUAUGUUUGGAGGUUUCAUCCAAACUGGCAUUCAUUCAUCAUUGGAUGGUGCAAAAGGAAUGAGUGGCUGGCGCUGGCUUUUUAUCAUUGAUGGACUCAUCACUCUCCCCAUCGCCCUUUAUGGCUUUCUUCUUUUCCCAGAUACUCCAACCACAACAUCCGCAUUUUAUCUCACCCAGACCGAACGUGAUCUCGCUAAAACCCGUGUCCCAGAAGUACCUGAAAAUCAUCUCUGGAAUCUCUCAUUUCUUAAAACUGUCGUCACAUCGUGGUACUGGUAUGGCUUCGUUAUUCUCUGGAUUAUUGCUGGAGAAAGCGAAUCUUUCUCUUCAAACUCAUUACUUUCAUUAUACAUGAAAUCUACAAACAGAUACACAAUUUCUCAACUAAACAACUAUCCUACUGGUGUUCCAGCUGUUGGUAUAAUAUUUACCCUCUUCUGGGCAACUCUUACAGAUUUUCUCAACGGAAAACGCUACCUGGUCGCUUAUUUCAUUGCCAUCACCGGAAUCGUAACUUCCUCCAUGAUACUCACAACUUCUAAUGUAGCAACGAUAUUUGCAGCAUACUACUGGGCCGGUUCUGUCUACGCUUGCCAAGCAACCUUCUUCGCAUGGGCUAAUGAAGCUAUGAGAUUUGAAAACGAUGCGUUGAGAGCAAUAGUUAUCGCAAGUAUGAAUUGUGGUAGCAAUGCUGUGAAUGCAUGGUGGAGUUUAUUAUUUUACGGCGCGGUUGAAGCGCCUAAGUUUACGAAGGGAAUGUGGGCGAUGAUCGGAACGUGUAUUGCUCUUGCAAUUUGGACUACGGUUUUGUUGUGGGGGUUAAAGCGAGUCGACAGGAAACGAGAGGCUGCUGCUGUGCUGGGAAGAACACGGGCUGAGAGUGAUGAUCUAGAGGUGGCUGAGAGUGGCGAAAGGGAUUUGGACAGUAAGAUACCUUGAUAUCGUCAUGGUAGCAGCUCAUGGUGGCACGAUGAUGUUUUUAUAUCUGCGAACAUGAUAGGAUUGUGAUCGCACAUUUCAAAUUUGAAUAGGAGGAAUAAUAUUAAGAUAGCA